GGUGUAUAUGUUACAGUGAAAGCUGAAUAUUAGUCAAGGUGUACCGUCGCUAGUGAUUGUCGACCUUCACUGAAAUGACCAGUGAAUGUUGAUAGUAGAAAAUAUAUAUCAGCUUUCACUAGGGAAGGUGAACCUUCACGGAAUCAGCCUAGGGAAUGUUGAACAUCUGGCGGAUGUGCACGGCGGGCGAACGACCUUGACCUGGUGCCAGUGAUGUCUGGUGUCUGCAGCAUUGUGCAUAUUACAUUCCCGCCCAGCCGGCCGUCAGUGUUGGUGAGGUUAUGUUAUUGUGCAACUGUGUGUUAUAUCCUGAUGUGGUAUUUUAAUUCUGAAGGUGGUGCGCUUAUGUUUUAAAGUGGUUCAGUGUUAAUGAACGAUAAUGUCUAAAUCUGCGCAGUUUUACGAACUACUUAAAGAUGAGCGUGAAAAUUCCAAGUUGAAUUGUGUUUCAGUGAAUAAGGUGAAGUAUGAGCUUCUUAUUGAUAAGGUUAAGACUGUAAAAAUAAAAUCUAAUAAGGAUGGCAAUGACUACCGGUUUUUGAAAAGGUAUGAUGUUAUUGAGGUGAAUGGAAUCACCAAAUUAAUAUCCCCAGUAACUGAACAAGAUAGCAUCAAGUAUUUUAUAUGCGAUGAAGAUCUUUUUCAGAUAUUAAAUGAUGCUCACAUUACAACCGGACAUGGUGGGCGAGAUCGCAUGGUGAAACAUUUAAAAACAAAAUACAAGAAUAUAACCUACAAGGAUAUAUCAAUCUUUCUAAGUCUCUGCGAGCCUUGCCUACAGAAACAAAAAAGCCUAAAGAAAGGUAUUGUAGUUAAGCCGUUGCUUUUUAAAGAGUUGAAUCAUAGAUGCCAAGUUGAUUUAAUCGAUUUCCAAUCGCAGCCAGACGGCGAGUAUAAAUUUAUAUUAGUGUACCAAGAUCAUCUCACAAAGUUUGUUGUUCUCAGAGCACUAAAGUCUAAAACAGCUGAUGAGGUUUGUGAAAAUAUAAUAGAUAUUUUUACUUUGCUAGGCGCCCCAACAGUAUUGCAGUCAGAUAAUGGACGGGAAUUUGUGAAUAAAAUUAUUAAUGGAUUAGUUGAUUUUUGGCCUAAUUUUAAAAUUGUCCAUGGGAAACCAAGACAUAGCCAAAGUCAGGGCAGUGUCGAAAGGGCUAACCAGGAUGUGGAAAAUAUGCUUACCAUAUGGAUGCAUGACCACAAAUCUUCUAAUUGGAGCUACGGUCUGAAGUUUAUUCAGUUGAUGAAAAAUAGUGCUUUACACAGCGGCAUAAAAAGAACACCGUAUGAAGCCAUGUUUGGAUGUCCACCUAAGCACGGAUUAGCUACUUCCAGUAUCCCUACUGAAGCUUUAACAAAUGUAGAGUCUGAAGAAGAUCUUGAAGCCGUUAUUAGGGACAUUACUGUUAGUGGUGAGCACGAUACAGGUGAAAAUAUACAGGAAACCUCCAGUACACUUGAAAAUGAGGGUGAUUUGAGUGUUACAGAGAACAGCGAAGACCAACACUUAGAAGGUACUAGUUACCUUUUAACUGACCUGGACAAAUCAACUAUGGACAUUAAAAGACAACGAGAUGAAGCAUUCAAAUGCCUAACAGAUCAAGCAAAACGUAUGAAAAGUACAUCUGACCAUAAACUACAACCUGUUGACAAAGGUUGCACUGUGAGAGUUCCUGUUCCUGAUGUGGACCGAGGCCGAGGGGAUGCACGGUCAAUUCUUGGCGUUGUGUUGGAUGUAGUGGAUAAUGGAUUUUACCGCAUAGGAACCAGAGAUGGUGUUCUGAAACAGCUGUAUGCUCGGCAAGAAAUUUCAAAUGGUAGUUCUGGAACUCCUGUUAGUAGUAUGCCACAACAGGAUAACGAUCAGACAAUUGUUCAGUCUCACAGUGUCGGCGGCAGGCAAAUGAGUUCUGCUGCCCAACCAACUAUGUCUAUGUACCAAACAAAUAUGUAUUCGCAUUACCCUGAGUAUUCUCAAAAUAAGCAGCAACCAAAUGUUGCUUAUCCCAUUCACCCAGACGUGAAGUUCCGAAAGUUACCAUUUUAUGAUGUUCUAGCUGAAAUAUUGAAACCAUCCACUUUAGUUCCUAGUAAUAACCAAAGACUGCAAGAAGCCCAGUUUAGAUUUAGUUUAUCGCCACAGCAGUCAAGUGAUAUAGCAAACAGUAGAGAUACCAGACCUGGAACAACCUGUGAUUAUAUAAAGCAAGUACAACUGCGAUUUUGCUUAUUGGAAACGAGCUGUGAACAACAAGAUGCUUUUCCUCCUUGUAUAUCAGUUAGAGUAAAUAAUAAGAUUUGCCCGUUACCUAACCCCAUUCCGACUAAUAAACCAGGUGUAGAGCCCAAACGGCCGCCACGCCCUGUAAAUAUUACUGCAAUGGUAAAAUUAAGUCCCACAAUUGGAAACCAUUUAUCUAUAUCGUGGGCCACAGAUUUAACAAGAGGAUAUGCUCUAAGCGUGAGUUUAGUUCAGAAGCUAAGCUCUGUUGAAUUACUUCAAAGACUGAAAAGUAGAGGAUCAAAAAAUGCUGAAUAUACAAGAUCCUUAAUUAAAGAGAAACUCAACGACGAUGGCGACGAAAUAGCAACUACGUCUUUAAGAGUUUCGCUAAUGUGCCCUCUCGGUAAACUGAGAAUGACUACUCCUUGUAGACCUAUAACCUGCAUGCAUUUACAAUGUUUCGAUGCGUAUCUGUUUCUGCAAAUGAAUGAAAAGAAACCCACCUGGAAUUGUCCCGUAUGUGAUAAGCCUGCAUUGUACGAUGAUUUGCGUAUAGAUGGAUAUUUUACGGAGGUUCUGAACUCUCCGCUUCUUGCUUCAAACUGCAACGAAAUCCAGCUGAACAAGGAUGGUACAUGGUGUGUCCAAACCAAUGAAAAACUAACCGCAAAAUUGGAUCAAACCACUGUUAUCAAUAUUGAUGACUCUCAAGAAGUAAUAUAUGAUGUUAGCGAUGUUGAAAUAAUACCAAUCAGCUCAGAUAGCACUGACGCUGACCCCACGAAUUCCUCUACUACUAAACUGGAGUCAACCGUAAAACCAGAAGAAUCCAGGAAAAGAGACAUAGUAGAUCUAACCUGUUCGAGUUCUGAAGAUGAAGAACCAGCCCCUAAAGUGAGAGCAAUAUCUCCCAAACCAGAUUCAGCUAGCAUCUCAUCCAGUAGUAACCAAUCUAGGCCAAUUACCACUAUCGAUCUAUUUUCAGUUUCGAGUUUGAGCUACCCCUUGAGUCCUGUGAUCAUCAACUUGGACAGUCCCUCACCACCAUGUUCACCCCCACCUACACCUCGUCCUCAACCGGUAACUGAGCAAAUCGAUGUUUCUUCUAUGAUAGCCACACAAGCUGAUGGAAAUACUACACCCAGUCGGGCUACUACGCCGUUGGAUAGUUCAAAUAACGCUUCAAUUCAAGUACUUGAAAAUGACACUAGCCAGAACCUAACUGACAUAUCCACAGCCUUACUAUUGCUUCAAUAAAUUUUUAUCUUGAAGCCAGUCUUAAUUUGUUUUUAUUACAAAGGAAUAUACUCUAUCGUUAGUAGCCUGAUCAGGAGACACAAAAUUUUACGAAAACCUCCAAAAAAUAAAGGAUGGAUGAAAAUUUGGGAAGUACGGGGUGAAAAAUAUUUUUUCGGGGGUGAAAAAAUAUACGUUCAAAAUAAGUUCGAAAUUGUAUAAAAUGACUAAUUCUAAGUAGCUUCUGUUCUAUAGAGUUUUUUCACUAAGUUAAUACUUUUCGAGUUAUUUGCGAGUGAAUAUGUUCAUUUUUAACAAAAAAAACAUGUUUUGGACGGUUUUGCCCAGAUAACCCAAAACUGUAAGUAUUUUAGCGAAAAAAAUAUUACCAAAAAUAUAGCUCAUAAAAAACUGAAAAAAACGGUGUAUGCAUGAGAUCUGUAGACCCAGUAGAAGCAGAGUUGUAGCUAAUAAAAAGUAGGUUCUUUUUGGUCAAAUUCCAAAUCGAAUAUUUCAAUGUGAAAUAACCCAAAAACGGAGCACUUUUCGGGGAAAAUUCAUUUCAACUUUUUUAAAGUGUUUGAAAAAAGGUUUAUUUUUGUUAAAAAAAAACUUGUAACAUUAAAAGUAAAUGAGUUACGCUCAAAAUAUUGCUGGUCUUUUUUAUUUUUUACUAAAAAAAUCGCGAAAAUCACCCCCUAAUUAGCUUCCCAAAUAAAAUUAAUCGUUACCGCUUCACAAGUUACUUUACUUAUAUAUUGUUUAUAUUAUUUAUAAGUUUCAUUGGUUCAAAGUGCUCAUUUUUGAAAAAAAAAUUGGGUUUAAAAUAAAACAUUUUUUAAAUUUUGAAAAAAAUGAAUUUUUUUAUGGAAUUAACUUAAAAAUUAUUAGUAAUACCAAAAAUCUCAAAGAGUAAUAAAAUGUUCGUUUUGCUUUUCUGAAUAUUUUUGAUUUUUUGUUUUCUUGUUAGAUAAAAAUUGGUUAUGCCAUGGCUGUUCAAAAUUUGCCUAAACUCGCGAUUAGUUACUCGUUCAAGCCAUUUUAACUACAGAUUUUCCAAAAUGAGCCCUUUGAACCGAUGAAACUUACAGAUCAUAUAAAUAAUACAUAAACAAAGUAACUUGUCGAUAAAAAUGGUGGUGACGAUAAAAUUUAUUUGUGAUGCUAAUUAGGGGGUGAUUUUCGAUUUUUUUACCAAAAAAUAAAAGGGACCAACAAUAUUUUGAGCGUAACUCACUUACUUUUAAUGUUAGAAGUUUUUUUUUUAACAAAUAAACCUUUUUUCAAACACUUUAAAAAAGUUGAAAUUAAUUUUCCCCGAAAAGUGCUCCGUUUUUGGGUUAUUUCACAUUGAAAUAUUCGAUUUGGAAUUUGACCAAAAAGAACCUACUUUUUAUUAGCUACAACUCUGCUUCUACUGGGUCUACAGACCCCAAGCAUACACCAUUUUUUUCAGUUUUUUAUAAGCUAUAUUUUUUCUAAGAAUAUUUUUUCGCUGAAAUACUUACUUUUUGAGUUAUCUCCGAAAAACCGUCCAAAAACAUGUUUUUUUUUUGUUAAAAAUGAACAUAUCACCUUGCAAAUAACUCGAAAAGUAUUGAAUUGGCGAAAAAAACUCUACAGAACAAAAGUUGUUUAGAAGUAGUGUUAGAUUUUAAUUAUGGUAUGGACUGUAAUUAUUUGCGCUGGUGUGGAUAUAUUGCAUUAAGAAAAACUAUAUUUAAAUUUGAAGUUUAUUUUGACAACUUGGUAAAAAUUCAAUUAUUUCUAUAUUUUCUAUAUUGUUUAUCAAGGUGCAUGCAUCACCAUGCUAACAUGAAUCUUCUUUUUUAUUUUCUUUUCAUCUUCUACGAAACUGUCAUAUAACAAAAAAAGUCAAAAAGUUCCUAACAAGUAGUCAUUUUAUCCAAUUUCGGUCUUAUUUUGAAUGUAUAUUUUUCACCUUCGAGAGGGGGUAUUCUACUCCAUUUUUGUAAAAUGGAGGGGAUGUAAAAUUGUACACUAAAAUUGGGGACUUUUUCUUAUAUAAUAAUAGACAAUUUUAACUACCUAUUCCCAAAUUUUCAUCCUUCCUUUAUUUUUUUUGGGUCAGAUUGUUCUUUGGUCGGGCUAUAGGGUAUGUGUUUAAUUAUAAAUAAUAUGUUGUAAUAUUUUCUAAGAUUUUAAUAUGUUCUUGGUUUAUUUUUAAAUAACUCAUUUUGGUUUUAUUGACAUGUACAGCCAUUGUAAUAUUUCGUUUUGGAGAGUAAAAUAAGAUGGACUGAGAAUUUCUGUCAUACAAUUUGUCGAUUAAUUUUAAGUUAUGUAUAAGUUAUGUAAAAUAGUUGUAAGAAUAAUUAUACACUGUUUUAUAGAUUUUGGACAUUUCUGUAAAGACUUUAAACUAGUUGUACACAACCGGGGGGCAAACCGAUGUUAUCGUUUGCAAAAUUUUUCAGGAAAAUCAAAAAAAGGUAUUGUGAAGAGAAAUACAGGAAAGACGGACAUAAAACAACAAAAAAGAACAAGAAAGAGACAAACUCUCAUAAAAAGUGGCGCCACAAUUUUAUUGUACACUACAUAGUGAUCUAAAUUACUAAGAAGUAUACUUUGACAACUGAUGCACUUUGGGACUCGAAGACACAGUUGCUCAGUCCUUGUAGAUUAUUUUCGGGUAGUAGUCCGUUCUUUAACGGUAAAAUAUUGCAAAACCUCUAAAUUUGAAAGAACCGCUUGGAUUGACAUGAAAUUUGGCAUACACAUAGCUAACAAGUCAAAGAAAAAAAGUGAUAUUGUGCCGAUAUGUGCUUUUGCCCUGGGGGUGGUUUUCACCCCCUUUUGGGGGUGAAAAAAUAUUCGUCCAAAGUAAGUCAGGAAAUGGAUAAACUGACUAAUUUUAAGUAACUUUUGUUCUAUAAAGUUUUUUCACUAAGUCAAUACUUUUCGAGUUAUUUGCCAGUGAAUAUGUUCAUUUUUUCAACAAAAUAACCACGCUUUUAGAAGGUUUUUCGCAAAUAACUCAAAUAGUAAGUAUUUUGUCGAAAAAACAUUCUUAGCAAAAAUAUAGCCUGUAAAAAAUUUUAAAAGAUGGUGUACAUAUCACGUCUCUAUAACUAGUAGAAGCAGAGUUAUAGCUAAUGAAAAAUAGGUUCAUAUUCCUCAAAUUCCAAAUGGAAUACUUUAACGUGAAAUAACCAGAAAUGAAGCACAUUUCGAGGAAAACUCAUUACAACUUAUUUAAAGUGUUUAAAAAAGCUUUAUUUUUGUUUUAUAAAAAAAAUUUCUAGCGUCAAAAGUAAACAAGUUGCACUCAAAAUAAAGUUGGUCCCUUUUUGUUUUAGUAAAAAAAUCGAGAAAAUCACCCCUAAUUAGUAUCUUAAAUGAACUUAAUCGUUACGACUUCACAAGUUUCUUGACUCGUGUAUGUAUUGUUUAUAUGAUCUGUAAGUUUCAUCGGUUCAAAGUCCUUAUUAUUGAAAGGGCUGUAGUUAAAAGGGGUUGAACGAGUCACUGAUCACGAAUGUGUGCAAAUUUAGAAACACCAAAUCUUAAUCAAUUUUUGUUUUUCGAGAUUUUUGGUAUCUCUAACAAUUUUUAAGUUAUUUUGAAAAAAAAGCAUAUUUUUCAAAAUAAAAAUUUUUAAAAAUUUUACUUUGAAACCAAAUUUUUUCAAAAAUAAGCUCUUUGAAUCAAUGAAACUUACAAAUCAUAUAAACACAACAUAAGUAAAAUAAUUUGUGGAGCGGUAACGAUUAAUUUCGUUUGAGUUGGUAAUUAGGGGUGGUCUUCCCGAUUUUUUUUUGCUAAAACAAAAGGGACCAACUUUAUUUUGAGCGUAACUUGCUUAAAUUGAAUGCUAGAAACUUUUUGUAAAAACAGAAAUAAAGAUUUUUUUAAACACUUUAAAAAAGUUAAAAUGGGUUUUCCCCAAAAAGUGCUUAAUUUUUUGGAUAUUUCACGUCGAAAUAUUCUAUUUGAAAUUUGGUGAAUAUGAAUCUAUUUUUCAUUGGCUAUAACUCUGGUUCUACGAGAUCCAGAGACCUAACGCAAACACCAUUUUUUUUACUUUUUUAUAGGCUAUAUUUUUGCUGAGAACGUUUUUUUCGACAAAAUACUUACUUUUGAUGAAAAUGAACAUAUUCACUCGCAAAUAACUCGAAAAGUGUUGACUUAGCGAAAAAGCUCUAUAGAACAAAAGUUACUUAAAAUUAGUCAGUUUACCCAUUUCCGGACUUAUUUUGGACAUAUAUUUUUUCACCCCCAGGAGGGGGUGAAAGUCUCCUCCUAGGGCAAAAGCACACAUCGGCACAAUAUCACUUUUUUUUCUUUGACAUGUAAGCUAUACGUAUGCCAAAUGGGAUGUCAAUCCAAGCGGUUCUUUAAAAUUUAGAGCAAAAACCGUGAAAGAAUGUACUAUAGGUUGGGUCGUUUAUAGAGGUGAGAAACACAAGAGAGAUACACAUAAAACACGAAAAAGAAUAGGGAAGAGAACAACUCUUCAAAAAAAGAACGACACUGGAUGUGACUACUUACUUUUAUUUUUUUCAUCACAUUGCUCAUACAGCCAUGCCUUUUCCCUUUCUUAGUUGAUUUUGGAGUGCAGAUAUUUGAAUUUCGAUCAGAUUUUAACUAGCUAUCUCAAGCACUAGUCAUCACACCAAGGUAGUUACACAAAAUACAGCGAUGUGACUCAAAGCAAUGUUUCCCCUUAGGGCGAUUCUUGUUUCUUGAAUUAAAGAGGACUGGUAGUGUUUUUUCUCUUCCGUUUAGCUAAGUCUAUAGAGACGGCAUUGCUUUACGUUAUACCGUUUUUUGGACUGAUUAGUUUUGGACUGAUUUUCGCCCUGGCUCUUCAAUUAUAUGCAUUAUACAGUUUUUCAUUUGUCAGAAAGUUAGGCGAGCUCAUUUUUUUUGCAAGAUGAUCGAGAUUUCGUUUUUCAAUAGAGUUAAAGGUCUUAGAUACUUAGACAACUUUUACCAUUAUUUGUUUUUUUAGAUAUGACAAAAUGCAUUUACUUUUUCACAAUACAUUUUACGUUACCUUGAUUUAAAUUAAACUUGCGUGCAUAGAAAUCGAUACUUUUAAUUUUCAAUUCUAUGUCUUCUUUAGUUAUACCUCUAAUGUUCAAAUCUACAAUUAGCAAUUUAAUAGCCUUUCCACCACAAUCUCGGUUUUUAUAACCCUUUGUUUUAUAAUUCAAUACCGCUGUAAUAAUGUUGUUGCCAAACAGUUAAAUUUUCAUUGUAUACCGGGUGUACGAAUCAAACUGUGUUUUUUUUCCUCAAAGUUAACUACUGUUAAACUAUCUCUGUUUCUCAAAAUUAAACUAUAAAAUACUGAAAUAAAACCCAACUAUAGCCUCAUGUUUUCUCAACAUUCUGUUUUUUUUAUUCAUUCGCUUAUGUUGGACCAUAAAAAAGUUAGGUACUUUAACAACUAGCCAUGUUUUUCAUCAAUACAGGGUGUUUUUAAAUAAACAAGGCAAACUUUAAGGGCAAUUCUGCAUGAAAAAAUAAUGACAUUAUAAUCGUAUGUCCGCAAAUGCUUCGUGUCCAAGAUAGGGGCUGUUCAAAUUUUUCUUAGAAACUGACGAUUUAUUUAUCGCUUUCAAUCCGGUUGAGAUAUGCAAAUGAAAUUUGGUGGGUUUUAAGACGUAGUUAUUGUACAUUUUUUGACAUACAAUUAAGAAUUUAAUAUUCACCAUUGGCGCGCAUACGGGUAAUAUGACAACCGGUUUUGAAGCAAUAAAUAAAUCGUCAGUUUGUAAGAAAAAAUUCAACAUCCCGUAUCUCAGAAACGAAGCAAUUGGGGAGAUAGCAUUAUAAAGGAAACUGUCAUUAUUUUUUCAUGCAGAAUUACCCCUUAAGUUUGUCGCACUUAUUUAGAAACACUCUGUAUUGAUGAAAAACAUUUCUAGUUGUUAAAGUACCUAACUUUUUUAUUAUCCAACAUAAGCGAAUGAAUCAAAAAACAAAAUGUUGAGGAAACAUGAGGCCAUAGUUGGGUUUUAAUUUCAGUAUUUUAUAAAUGCUAGAAUAUUCCACAGGGUGAUGCGAACUUUGACAAAAAAAAACAGUUUGAUUCGUAUACCCAGUAUACAAUGAAAAUUGACCUGUUUAGCAACAAUAUUAUUACAGCGAUAUUGUUAAAUAAUAAGUCUAUAACAUAUUAAAAAAAAUCAAUUAAAUCGGACAACAGGUUUAGGAAAUUCGAGACAUCAAAAAUGACCAAAUUUUUAAGUGGACUGAUUUCUAUGCACGCAAGUUUAUUAUAUUUUAAAGAAAAAGUAGUUUAAAUUGUGCCUGUACUUGUCAAUAUCACAUUAUAAUUUAAAUUUUUGUCUCUAUCUUAAGUUUUGUAUCGUAAGCGUAAACAAAAAUAUAAAUAUAGUUGUUAAUAAAAAUGAAUUUAUUUUAAACAAA